AUGACAGUGGGAAAACUGUGGUAUAACACGGUGGACCAUGCCAUUAGGGUGCUCCUCAGACUGCAAUCUCCCAAAACGAUCCAAUAUAGCCUGAAAAUGCAUCUCACCAUGAAUAUCAUAGCCACGUACCUCUCCGUCACGCCCUUUGCGAAUCUCAUUGGCUUCAUCAUCAUUCCAGCGCACCAGCAGAUCGUCUUUAAAGCUGGAGCAGAACUGGUCGCGGGAAUAUUCUUCGCUACGCUUGUCCGCGUGUUUGCCACUUGGGCGGUCAAGACGGACUUUAUGCAGCGCAUAAUGGCGAACGUGACUGCCAAUGCGAUGAAGUCAGAGGGCUAUCAGGAGAAUCUGGCGAGGAUUCGAUACGGUGAUGAAUUGUGA